UUUUGCAUUCAACUAGUAUUUAUUGAAGUGGUCAUUCAUCACAUUAUUGUCACACACAGUACCCAUUUCUCAUUUGCAUUUGCCAACUGGACUUGUAACAUUCAUGGAGUUGCCGGAGAAACUUUUGUUUGCAAUAUUUUUAAUUCUUUCAGUGGCCAUUGAUGGAACAAAGGCAGAUACUAUGCUCACUGGCACUGUCAUUUGUGAUCAAUGCAAAGACGGGCAGAGAUCUCUUUACGAUUAUCCUGUUAAUGGUGCAAAAGUAACUCUGUCAUGUAGUGACAGCAAUGGGCAAGUAACAAUGUCAAGAGAAGAAACAACAAAUUGGUUUGGAAGCUAUACAAUGAGGUUUGAUGGAGCACCAGACUUAGGUGGUUGUUCUGCACAUGUCUCAGGAAGUAAUAAUAGACAAGGAGGACCAAUGAGUUGUGGUGAAGGUGCUGGUCCUGCACAAAAUCCAAGACUCAUGUUUAGGAUGUUUGACAUGGAGAUGUAUGCUGUGGAUCCACUCCUUGCUCAGCCUUCUCAACCUAUGCAAUACUGCUCAACAUCUUCCAACCCAUCCCCACCACCACCCAUUUCUUCUCCUCCUCCACAUUUCAACCUACCCCCAAUGAUUUUUCCAGAAGCUUCAGCAUGUCCAUCACAGAAGUGGACAAUGCCCGAAUAUGAAUGCUAUUGGAGGGGUGUGAACAGAGACACAAAAGUAGGUGUAGCUUUUGGAAUGGUUGCAGCAAGGAGAUAUGGAACAGACAUGACAUUGUGGUAUGGACUGAAAGGGAGAGGAGAUCCUUAUAGGACUCUUUUGAGAGAAGGGAUCACUGCACUUCUUAACUCAUAUAACAGCAUCCAAUUCUCUUACCAUCCACUUGGUGUAAUCACACACAUGAAUUAUGCUUUGAUGGGCUCAACUAGGGAUGUCCUCGUUACUGCUUAUCACUUCAUGAGAGCUAAUUCUGGUGCUGGAAAUGUUUCUUGCAAAUUCACUUCUUGCAAUUAAUAUUUUACCCUUUUCCUAGUAUGUUCGGGAAAUUAUUUAUUAUUUUUAACAACUUUAUCUAUCUUAUCCAGAAAAAAUGUUGACGCACUGUAAACAUAUAUGCUAUGCUAGAAUGUUAAUUUAAAUAUAUUCUAUAUAUGGUUUUGAAUA